AUAACAUUAUGUCUGAAAUACGAUGCCGGUUGUGUUGGUCUGACACCGCCUAAUUGUCCGGAACUAGCAACAGCUCACAACGAUGUAGAUGAACAUGCACAUGCACAGCACAACGAGCUGCGCCGGGCACGAUCCACGCUUGAUUCCCGAACCAUGGAUGUUUUCACGCCACAGCUACACAUCGUCGAGCAUCUCCCGCACUGUCCGGACCCAUCGGUUCAGCUUGUCCCAUCCAUCUACUACUUUCUGGUAGCCGCACUAACCACGUCGCUGAACGCCAUCCUGUUUGCUAUUACAAUCACCCUCUUCCUGCGCAGCAGAUCUGGCCGGAACGAAAAAUUGUGA